CGCGGUCUGCAGUCCAGGGCUUCAAAUAGUCAUUUGCGGAGAUGAGCGGAGGUCCUUCAAAGGGUCUGCUGGAUUCUCGGGAUCUUCCCAGGGUGGGGAUGAGAUCCCGAAACCAAGGUGGAGAAAGUUCAUCUAAUGGGCAGAUCUGCCCCAGGUCCUCCAUCAUCAGCAGUGCUGACGAUAAGAGACUCCCAGAAGAUGCAAAAAAGAACAAGUCAAACAAGAAAGAGGAUGACGUCAUGGCUUCAGGAACUGUCAAACGGCACCUCAAACCAUCUGGAGAAAGUGAAAGAAAGACUAAGAAAUCUCUGGAGUUAUCCAAAGAGGAUCUCAUCCAGCUCCUGAGUAUAAUGGAAGGGGAACUGCAGGCUAGAGAAGAUGUGAUCCACAUGCUGAAGACAGAGAAAACCAAGCCUGAGGUUCUGGAGGCUCAUUACGGAUCUGCAGAACCAGAGAAAGUGCUUCGGGUCCUGCAUCGAGAUGCCAUCCUUGCCCAAGAGAAAUCCAUAGGAGAAGAUGUCUAUGAAAAACCCAUCUCAGAGCUGGACCGACUGGAGGAAAAGCAGAAGGAAACGUACCGGCGUAUGCUAGAGCAGCUGCUGCUGGCAGAGAAGUGCCACAGGCGCACUGUGUACGAGUUAGAGAACGAGAAACACAAGCACACAGACUACAUGAACAAGAGUGAUGACUUCACCAACCUGUUGGAGCAGGAGCGGGAGAGGUUGAAAAAGCUCCUUGAACAAGAAAAGGCUUACCAAGCCCACAAAGAAAAAGAAAAUGCUAAGCGACUCAAUAAACUAAGAGAUGAGCUUGUUAAACUCAAAUCUUUUGCACUCAUGCUCGUGGAUGAACGGCAGAUCCACAUCGAGCAGCUGGGCCUGCAAAGCCAGAAGGUGCAGGACCUGACUCAGAAACUGAGGGAAGAAGAAGAAAAGCUCAAAGCUGCUACUUACAAAUCCAAAGAAGACAGGCAGAAACUGCUUAAGUUAGAAGUGGACUUUGAACACAAGGCCUCACGGUUUUGCCAAGAGCAUGAAGAGAUGAACGCUAAGUUAGCCAACCAAGAAUCUCACCACAGACAACUCAGACUCAAGCUGGUGGGCUUAUCUCAGAGAAUUGAGGAGCUGGAGGAGACCAAUAAAAACCUUCAGAAGGCAGAGGAGGAACUCCAGGAGCUAAGAGAUAAGAUUGCCAAAGGGGAAUGUGGCAACUCCAGCCUCAUGGCGGAGGUGGAAAAUCUCCGGAAGCGCGUGCUUGAGAUGGAGGGCAAAGACGAGGAGAUCACUAAAACCGAGUCCCAGUGCCGAGAGCUGAGGGCCAAGCUGCAGGAGGAGGAGCACCACAGCAGGGAGCUCAGAAUUGAAGUGGAGAAGCUGCAGAAGAGAAUGACCGAGCUGGAGAGACUGGAGGAAGCGCUUAGCAAGAGCAAGUCCGAAUGCUGCCAGCUGCAUGUAAACCUGGAGAAAGAGAAGAACGUGACCAAAGACCUGCUAAACGAAUUGGAGGUGGUCAAGAGCCGAGUUAAAGAACUGGAGUGCUCUGAAAGCAGGCUGGAAAAGGCUGAAUUAAGCCUCAAAGAUGACCUUACGAAGUUGAAGUCCUUUACUGUGAUGCUGGUGGAUGAACGGAAAAACAUGAUGGAGAAAAUAAAGCAGGAAGAGAGGAAAGUGGAUGGGCUGAAUAAAGAUUUUAAGGUGGAGCAGGGAAAGGUUAUGGAUGUAACUGAGAAGCUCAUUGAGGAAAGCAAGAAGCUUUUAAAACUGAAGUCGGAAAUGGAGGAAAAGGUGUACAGUCUGACAAAGGAGAGAGAUGAGUUGAUGGGGAAGCUGAAAAGUGAAGAGGAGAGGUCCUGUGAACUGAGCUGCAGUGUCGACCUACUGAAGAAGAGGCUUGAUGGCAUAGAAGAAGCAGAAAGAGAAACGAGCCGAGGAAGGGCCCGCAAGGGGCCUGAACGCACCUGCCCAGACGACAGCAAGAUCAAGGAGCUGACGCUGGAAAUCGAGACGCUGAAGAAGCGGCUCCAACAGUUGGAGGUGGUGGAAGGGGACCUGAUGAAGACAGAGGACGAGUAUGACCAGCUGGAGCAGAAAUUCAGAACCGAGCAGGAUAAAGCCAACUUCCUCUCCCAGCAGCUGGAGGAGAUCAAGCAUCAAAUAGCCAAGAACAAGGCAAUAGAGAAGGGGGAGGCUGUGAGCCAGGAGGCCGAGCUGAGACACAGGUUUCGGCUGGAGGAGGCAAAAAGUCGAGACUUAAAGGCCGAGGUGCAGGCUCUUAAAGAGAAGAUUCACGAAUUAAUGAACAAAGAAGAUCAGCUCUCUCAACUCCAAGUCGAUUACUCAGUCCUUCAACAGAGAUUUAUGGAAGAAGAGAGUAAGAACAAAGACAUGGGGCAGGAGGUCCUCAGUCUGACCAAGGAGCUGGAGCUCUCCAAGCGCUACAGCCGAGCUCUCAGGCCCAGCAUGAAUGGCCGAAGGAUGGUGGACGUGCCGGUGACCUCCACCGGGGUGCAGACUGACUCCCUGUGCUCAGAUGCUGCCGAGGAGGACACGCCGGCUGUGUUCAUACGCAAGUCCUUCCAGGAAGAAAACCACAUUAUGAGUAAUCUUCGACAGGUGGGACUGAAGAAACCGGUGGAACGGUCCUCGGUGCUCGACAGGUAUCCUCCAGCAGCCAACGAGCUCACCAUGAGGAAGUCCUGGAUUCCUUGGAUGAGGAAAAGAGAAAACAGUCCCUCAAUCCCGCAGGAGAAAGGGCUUCGGCAGAACCCUGGCGCAGGGCACCCGGGGGAGCUGGUGCUGGCACCCAAGCAGGGCCAGCCCCUGCACAUCCGUGUGACCCCGGACCACGAGAACAGCACAGCUACCUUGGAGAUCACCAGCCCCACAUCAGAAGAGUUUUUUUCUAGUACCACUGUCAUUCCCACCUUAGGCAAUCAGAAACCAAGGAUAACCAUUAUCCCAUCACCAAACGUGUCUCAAAAGCCCAAAAGUGCAGAUCCUACUCUUGGCCCAGAACGAGCCAUGUCCCCGGUCACAAUUACUACCUUUUCCAGAGAGAAGACCCCAGACAGUGGAAGAGGCACGUUUGCAGACAGGCCUGCGUCCCCCAUCCAGAUCAUGACUGUGUCAACCUCCGCAGCACCCCCAGAAAUCACGGUUUCUCCUGAGUCCCAGGAAGUGCCUAUGGGAAGGACUGUCCUCAAAGUCACCCCAGAAAAACAGACUGUUUCCACCCCACUGCGGAAAUACAACUCCAACGCCAAUAUCAUAACCACGGAAGACAAUAAAAUUCAUAUCCACCUAGGUUCUCAGUUUAAGCGAUCCCCUGGGCCUGUGGCUGAAGGCAGCAGUCCAGUUAUCACCGUGCGGCCAGUCAACGUGACAGCCGAAAAGGAGGCAUCCACCGGCACGGUACUUCGCUCUCCCAGGAACCACCUCUCUUCCAGACCUGGCGGGAGCAAGGUGACCAGCACUAUCACCAUCACACCCGUCACAACCUCCUCCACCCGAGGAACCCAGUCAGUGUCAGGACAAGAUGGGUCAUCUCAGCGGCCUACACCUACCCGCAUUCCUAUGUCAAAAGAAAGUAUCAUCAUCCACCAGUUGCGAAUGAACUCCAGAUGAGAUUAGCAAGCACAUGCCGGGCAAAAGAAAUGUUAUGUUAGGCUUGUCCUAGCUCCAAUGGUAGUGGAAGUCUCACAUAACCUUCUGACGUUUGGAUUAUUGACCCAGAAAACUACAGUGUGUACAUGUGAAGAUUUGAAAAAAUUGUUACUGUUAGGUUUUGGUUUUUGGAAAUGCUUAAAUGUAAUGAUGUUUGCAAUUAUAAACCAGUUUUAUUUAGCAUUUUUAUACUGAAAGGGAGGUGAAAUUUUUAGGUGGCACGAUCACCUGAAGCCCAUUUUCCUUAAAUUAAAAUAUUACUAGUAAUUCAUAUAUAUAUGUAUCUGAAGGGUUUUUUCUCUCCUGAAUUGUAAUGAAUGUGGUAUUUGCAAAGACAAUGAAGAUUAUGGUGCAACCAGUCAUCUUGGAGAUGCGGAUGCUCUUCUGUAUUAUGAUCACGUUCCCUGCUUAAACUAGAGUGGCAGAUAAGUGCAGAGUACAUUAAACUUGAAAUAAAACAAGAGAAUAUUAACAGACAGGAUCACAGUCACAUCCAGCAGCCACACCCAAUUGCCUUUGCCCACAAUUCUGGCAUUAGCCUGGAUCGCAUCACAUAUUAUUUACUGUAAAUAUGUCUCUUCUAAUCUGAAAGAGAUUGGUUUUUUUUUUUGUUUGUUUUUUGUUUUUUGAGACAGGGUCUCACUAUGUAGAUCAGGCUGACCUUGAACUCACAGGAAUCUGCCUGCCACUAUCUCCUGAGUAUUGAGAUUGAAGGCGUAUGUAUGCCUCCACUCUUGAUGGGAAUAAUUUUUGAACGGAAUGAAAUUAUUUUUAAAAUAAUUUUUAAAUAUCUUAAGUGUAAUCAGUAUUUCUAGUUCAAAGCACAACUGAAGUAAUUCAUUAUUUUACACUUAGUUUUUGAAAGAGGGUCUAUUUAGCUCAAGCUGCCCUCAAACACCUGAGUGCUGAGCUCAGCCACUUGAGUACUAGGAUUACAAGCAUGUGUCCACAAUAUUGACUGCACUUUUCUUCAUGAUAACAGUGAUUUUUUUUCUUUUUGAUGAUACCAUGAUACUUCUGCAGAUUUUUUCAAGUGUUCAUAAAGUAUUGGGCUUGAUUAAGAUUACUAUAUAUAUAUUUGAUGCUAGAACCUGGAAUAUGCAUAAAAUAUUAAUUC